GACGAUCCGAACAUUCGCUGCGAGGGGGCAGAGACUAGCGAACGAAAGCUAAAGGUGGCGUGACAGCCCAGUUUAUUGCAGCGUUUUCUUUCCAGUAAACGAUGUGACAAUGCGGGCCGAGAAGACGAGCUCGGCGGCGAAAGUCUGGAGCACACGACAGCCAACUUCGGUUGUUUGACAAUCUGGAGAAAGAGCGGUGCACGCCAUGGCAACUAAGCCGAGCGUAUACGAUGAAGAAAGGAAUCGUCUCCGCCUCCGAGCCUGGGAACAGAGAAACCAAGAAACCAGCCAAGCCAAAGAACUCGGCGCUGAGAAUGUGCCGCUUUUCGGGCAGCCGUACAAAACAAACAAAGGUGAUGAGCUUUCCAACAGGAUCCAGAGAAUGCUGGGCAGCUACGAAGAUGUCAACAAUUCCCCAGAUCCUCCGGCAGCUCAGCCUAACUUCACAGAGUCUGAUCGAGGGCAGCCAAAUACCAGUCGGCCCGGCACAUUUCUCGUCCAAGACCCGACCCAUCACGUAACGAGCCAAAACCGUCAAAGUAAUAAUUACCCCUUUCAGACGACGAGGGACAUCUCCACUUCCUCCCCAAACCACAACGGAUGCUCGCUCACCAUACCAAAGGCUUCAGUUGAUCAUCAAAAGCAGGUUGCAGCUUUGUCGGAUCUCAGGGAGAAUGCUACGAGUCCUCAGGAAAGUUCUGCUCAGUCUCUGGACGUCAAGCCGAUACCUUUCCUACAUUCCAGUGAGGCUAAAAGCACCUUUGAUUCACGCCAGGAUUCCACAGACACCCCCUCUGCAAAUAUGGCCGACGGUGCCGCGUUAAACCUCAGACACUCGCCAGCGGACGCUUCCCUGCAUCAGGCCGGCAAAAGCGGCAACCCCUUGCUCUUGCAGAGCUUGCCGCCGCUGCCCUCGUCAAAGCAAGCCAGCGUUGCCGUGAUGCAGAAGCCCACGGCGUACGUGAGGCCUAUGGACGGUCAGGACCAGCUGCUCGGUGGCUCGCCUGAGUUGAAACCUUCACCAGAGUCGCACUUACAUCCGCAGGAGAUCCAAAAGUCCGACCAUGCAAAGGCCAAAAUGUUGCCGCAGUAUCUGGAGACAAAGACCAAUGAAGCGGUGUGUGUGGAAGACAUCUUGAAGGAGAUGACUCACUCUUGGCCGCCACUCCUGACCGCCAUACACAUCCCCAAGUCUGAAGCAACCCCUGCAAAGGAAGAAAAGCAAGCUUCUUCAUGUCCAGGGCGGCAGCAAAGCCACAAUGGUUCCCCUGUAGAUCCUCACCGUCUCGAUGUGCAGAACUCCCAACUAUUUUUGCACAAAGAUGCUCAUUCCAGCGACGUGGAGUCGGCGAGUUCCAGUGAUUCUGACAGCAGCUCCCGAUCUGAGUCGGAUGACGACAGUGAAGCCGAUGAGCCUUGUGGACCGACGGUGAGCCGCAAAACUGAGGCUGACGCAACGGCACGACCUGGCAAUUGGCAGUUGGGCUACUGGAUCCAGUCCACCCAACAGAACUCCGGCAACGAGACCGGAGGGGGCCCUAACGUCGUCUGCGAGAACCCUACCCCCAAACUGCAACGCAGCUCCAAACACCUUACUGCCGAGGCGACAAAAUCGGCUGAGCGCGGCGGAAAGCCGACAAGAGUGCAGCCUUACGAUGACCGUUCUCACGAAAGCUCUCUUAACGACGGUUCUUUGAAACACCCGGACGUAACGUGCAAACCGCCGAAGGACUAUGUUUUAUCUGGGGAUGCUUUAGCAGAUAAAGCACCCUCUUUCUCAGACAGACCCAAAGUCAAAACGAAAACAGAACACUCACACAACUCGAGCAGUGACCCGAAAAGAAAGAGGACUUUUAAAUCAGCAGGCAUGCAAAAGACCGAAUCAAGGCUCGAAGUGGUCCAACGGGAUGCUACCUGUAGGUGUCCGUCGUCUCCACACAGCUGCUCUUGCCAUAUUUCUACCCACACCCCACCAAUCAAAGUCAGCAGUAGCAAAGCUGAGGUGGAAGUUGUCCGAGAAGCCAAAACCAUUCCCAAAGCAGAAUCCUCCCCAACCCACAAGUCCUGCAAGAGUUCAAGCCGUGCCCCUAAAUCUUCUCAGGACAUCCACAACAGGCCCGGGGGAAGCCUACUGGUAAAGAUCGACCUCAGUCUGCUCUCAAGAGUCCCUCGGGUGACACCCGGGAAUGUCGAGACCAAAAAACACCUCAAGGCCAGCAAGAAGACUCUACCUCAAACCGUGGAGCUGGAUGACAAGACUCUUCCCAGAAAGAAGCGGAAGCUGGAGAAAAAGAUGACAUCAUCCAACAAGGAUUCUUCUGUCAAAGUGGAGGGUUGUGCCACCCAACCGGGCGAACAGGAGCACAAGAAGGCGAAGAAAAAGCAGGCGCACUUGGAGAAGCCCACAAAAGACUCGACUAAAGACCCGAAGAUGCACAAAGGAUCUCAUGAGGAGAUGCUUAAGAGCAAAGACUCCUCCAAGCAGAGGAGCAGCCACGCAAAGAACACGCACGCAGAGAAGCAGAAGCGGCCGUCGUCCUUGCGGCCCCCCAGGGAAGUCGAGACCUCUCGACACUCUCUCAAGACUAAGGACAGGCAGUAUCCGGUCAAGCACUACAUCAAGGAGGCCAAGCGACUGAAGCACAAAGCAGACGCCGAGUCGGACAAGCUCAGCAAAGCCUUCAAUUACCUGGACGCCGCCAUGUUUUUCGUGGAAAGCGGCCUCGCCAUGGAGAAGGACCCGCAGAUUUCCAUGUCUUCCUAUACUAUGUUUGCCGAGACGGUGGAGCUCCUCAAGUUUGUGCUGAAGCUUAAAAACUUGGCGGACACGUCUGCUCACCCCUCAGAGAAGGAUUUUGUAGCAUUAUGUCUGAAGUGCCAGUCUCUCCUGCAGAUGGCGAUGUUUCGCCAAAAGCAUAAAACUGCGCUCAAGUACUCCAAGACCCUCACCGACCACUUCAAUAAUCCCGCACUUGAGUCUUCCGUCUGCGUCACAAAGGGCCCGAGCACGCCGUCCCCUAUGGCCAGCAUCCCGUCCCCAGCCUGCGGAAGUGGCAGCAGUGUGGCUGUUCCCGUCGCCGUGGAGCAGGUGGCGCUCUCCUAUGUCAACAUCACGACGCUAUUCCUGAGUGCCCACGAACUGUGGGAGCAGGCGGACCAGAUGGCAGGCAAAGGCAGUGGUCUUCUGGCAAAGCUGGAUGCCGCGGUCGGCCCGCUGAGCCUGACUUCUAGCGUGAGUGCCAUGGUGCGCUACACCCAACGGGGCGUGGCGUGGCUGCGACUGGACAACUCAAAAACGCAAACGAAUGCCCGCUGAAGGUACCCGAAGCCUACGAUCGAAUUCCCGGUAUGUGGGUCACAUGUUGAAAACGGACUCUAGAAAUGUGGGUUAUGUGGAUUCGCCACCGAGUUUGAACAAAAAUUGCACUUAUAAGAUAAGGCCAGGUGGAAGGCCCCGACAACAGCCCAAGUCAUACAAUUGCUUUUUAAUUCAGGAUCAUGGUGAGUGAUUUCUUAUCUCAACUUUUGUUCAUACUGCUAUUUCUGUUAUCUGCAUUGUCUUAUACAGUGUUCCUCCGCUGAGUAGUGAUAUGCUAUUCGUGAAUUCACCUUUUUGCAGAUUUUUGGGGGGAGUAACCUAUCUUGUGUUAGUCUCUGGAAAAACUUUUUUUUUUUUUUUAGGUCUGACAAACACCUGUGCACAAAGCUCUGUAUCAGAGAAAAGUGAUGCUUUGGCAGCAUAUUGUGACCACUGAACUAUUUUGAAGUGGUAGGAGGAGCUUCUAUGAGACAUCCAAAGCACUGUGUGAUUAAAAAAAAAAAAAA